AAAAUUUCUCGUUGGCUUUAGUGAGAGAAAUUGACGUUCUUGGUUCUUCUGCUAAUAAGCUGCGAGCCUGCGAGUAUGCUUGUAGGGAAGGGAUUGCGUCCUACUUUGCUCCACUGCUUUUGUCCGGGUCGGUAUUGUACUAAUUAGGAUCUUGAGCUCUUCACAUGUCGAAUGAUCAGAUUCAGAGAGAUGUAAGCAAUGGAAGAGAGAAYCAUGGCGAUGGAGAUCAAGUCAUCAGGGAUAUACAUGCUCUAACGCCACCGCCGGCCCCAGCAGGGAAUCGAGCUCGGCAGAGGGAGUCCUGGGAGACGAGCAGCCACAGGCUAUCCACCUUGUCCAUGAGCAGCGACGGUGCUUCCAGCGAGAACUUCACGAGCAUGAGUCGCGAGUUCAAUGCUUUGGUCCUUGCUGGCUCUGCAAUCGGGAACGCCGACGGCCAUGAAAACGAGGGUGGCAACGUCGGGAACAACCUGGCCAGGAUUGGGGAGGACGAUCGGUUGCCGGAGGUGACGAACCCAUUGGCCAUUGUCCUAGAUAACAAUCCGCUCGACCCCGUCCCCUCUCCUAGACAUCCGGCUGCUGGAAGUGGCAUGGCCGAGGAGGUGUCGUUGCAGAGGGUGAAGCGGGAGGAGAUAGAAUCCAAGAUAUCGGCGUGGCAGACGGCCAAGAUUGCUAAGAUUAAUAACAGGUUCAAGAGGGAGGAUGCGAUCGUCAAUGGGUGGGAGGAUGAACAGGUCCAGAAGGCAACAUCUUGGAUGAAGAAGGUUGAGAGAAAGCUAGAGGAUAAAAGAGCUAAAGCAUUGGAGAAAAUGCAAAACGAGGUGGCAAAGGCACAUCGGAGAGCAGAGGAGAGGAGAGCAUCAGCUGAGGCAAAGAAAGGAACAAAGGUAGCUAGAGUUCUUGAGUUGGCCAACUUGAUGAGGGCUGUUGGGAGAGCUCCCACAAAGAGAUCCUUCUUCAAGCCCUAGUGAACCAACCCAACCAGAUAGAAUUUCUUGAAAAGGUUAAAUGAGUACAGUACUUACAACUGCUCCCCCCGUACUAGCACCCUCCAUCUUUUCUGCAUUGAAGGGUGCCCUACUUGAAAGGGCAUCAAGGAACUGUUCCCUGAUAGGAAGACCAAAGAACUGUGUUUAAUUUUAAGUGUUUUGAAGUGAUUUUCCAAGUGUGUGGUUAGUGUUUGGUAGAAAUUUAAGUGGGUUGUUGGCUAUAUGGUUGAACAAAUUUUCCUCUAUCAUCUGCCAUGUACAGUUCCAUAGUAAGUAUGUAUCUGUUUGGGAUGCAAGUUUAAUUAAGUGCAUCUAUUGCUAGUAGAUUGGUUUGUAGGGGCAACGAUAGUUAAUUGAGCCCUUCUAUCACCAAUCUUUAAGGAAUUUUCAUUUGGAAAGGAAUGAAUAAAAAUUUGAA